AUGGCCGAGGGCGAGCCGGCGGAGGCGCUGUGCUCCGAGCUGCUGGGGCUUCCCACCGACGCCGCUGCCGCCGUCGUCACGAGAUGGCUAGAAAAGCGCGGCAUGUCGCGCACGCUGACAAGCUUUGCGGACGAGGCACCCGGAACCGCCCAUAGCAAGCACAGUGGUGGGGUGUGCGCGGCUGUGGCGGGGCCGCAAGGGCCCAUGCACCGUGCACCGCUCGCGCGGACGCUCGCGCGCGCCGCCCGCCACCUCUGGAGGGAGGCCGAAGCGCACGGCCUCGCACCCGGUGCAUGCAGCCAAGAGGCGGCGGCUGAGCGCAGUGUUCCCCCGCUUCAGAUGGCGAGUGCGGCUGCGCUGGCUCCUCCCGAUGCGCGGGGCGGCGGCGAUGCGUCCGCAGGGGUGGGGUCGUCCAAGGCGAGCGCUGCAGCCAGCCCAGCGCGCCCGCAGCAGCGUCACGGCAGCGUCACGGCGCGUGGCUCGGCGCACAAAGUGGCGCCGACGGCAGAGGCGCUGCCAGUACCCGGCACGUCGUCGCGGCCGGGGAAGCUGUACGACGUGGAGCCGCUCUCGGCGCAGCAGGUGCCGGACGUGCUGCUCACCAAGCCGGACCCGAUCUUCCACGGCGAGAGGGACGAGCGCAAGCGCGAGUCUUGCCAGCUGCACGACUUUGCCAUGAUGGUGCACUACGACCGCUUCACCUCCGGCCUCGAGUCGGAGACGCACUUCCGCGUCGAGGAGAAGCAGGUCAUCGCCGGCCGGUAUGUGGUGAUCCAGUACCUCGGCAGCGGCACGUUUUGCCACACGGUGCAGUGUGAGGACCUGCGAGCGACGGGGAGGCACCGGUUCGUCUGCGUCAAGAUUUCGAAGAACACCAAGGAUAUCUUCGACCAGAACUUGUGGGAGGUGAAGCUUCUCAAGCUUCUCGCCUCGCAGAUGACGCCGCAGGAGGCGGAGAGGCUGCCGCUGCUGCUGAAUGUGUUUUACUUUCGCGAGACGCUGUUCAUUGUGUACGAGUUGCUGCGCGACAACCUGUACCACAUCUACAAGUACAUUGAGGAGUGCAGGCUGCCGCGCUACUUCACCGUCGAGAGGCUGCGCCACGUCGCAAAGCAGUGCCUGCUCACGCUGCAGUGCCUGCACCAGCGCGACGUCAUCCACUGCGACCUCAAGCCGGAAAACAUCCUCAUCUCGUCGCUCACCGCGUGCAAGAUCAAGGUGAUCGACUACGGCAACGCGUACUUGCACCACGACCAGCGCUGCUCCUACGUGCAGAGCCGCGCCUAUCGGGCACCGGAGAUUGCGACCGGUCUGCUGGACCCGCACAAGAAGCGAAUGCAGGCGGGCGUUCCUCAUCCGGCGCUCCUCGCCUCGCACAUCGCCGUGCUUGGCCCGCUGCCGCGCUCGUUGCUCCGGGAGGGCGCGCUCACCGACCACUACUUCGCCGACCAGUCCGACGCCGCGCAGCUGCGCAACGGGCUCCUCGUCUCUUUCAUCACCGAGCUGGUGCAGCCCGACCCGAACCUGCGCCCGGACGCGAAGCGAGCGCUCAACCACCCCUUCCUGGAGGGGUGCGCUGAGGAGUGCCCGCCGUACCGGCUCACCGAGGCGGACUCGCAGGUCGAGGCGGGCCUGAGGCUGCUGCAAAAGUACACCUCGCUCAACGACUCGCACAGCGGCGACGGCCGCUCUCCACACGCGAGCGGAGGGACGACGCUGCUGGGCGAGGAGGCCGGGACGCACGGCCCCGCGACGCCGACCGCCUUCCGCGAGCAGUGCUACAUGAACCGCGAGCGGCUCGAGAAGAAGCGGGCCCGCAAGUCGGGCUCGUCCAAGCUCGGCGGCGGCAGCGGCGAGAUGCCAAACCUCGACCACAUGGUCAUCUCGAACCCCGGCUCAUGAGGGUUGGCUCAUGAGGUCUGCCUCCCGCCGGCCUCGGGCCUCCGCCGCGGCCGUGGCGGCGGGCGCUCCUUGGCGGGUCGCGGGCGGGACCGGCGGCGGGCGAGCCCGGUGAUUCAUUGCUUUUGUGUUGCUGCUGCGGGGCUUGGGCGCCCCACACACCCCUCUUAUGGGUGGUGAGGCGUGGCGACGACGGAACUGGUGUGCGAUGAGCACCCCUUGCCGUGUCAGCCCCACUCGGUCGCGCGUUGCGCGGCCGCGAGGGCGUGGUUUGCGCCGGGGGGGGGGCCUCCGGCGCAGCCGCAGUACGCUUGCACACUAUCAGAGCUCUCUCUCUCCUCUCUCCCUCCCUCCCUCCCUCCCUCCCUCUUCGUUCUCUCUUCGUUCUCUCUUCAGUUUGAUACCUUGGGACACUUGUGUUGUGUGUGUGUGCGGUCCGCAUGUCGAUGUCGUGACAUGUCGUCGGACGGAGACGAUGGAUCGGGAGAGUCCAAGAGCAGUCCGUCUUACGCGCAUUGUGGUGUGCGUGCGAGAGCGAGAGCGCGCAGGGUCUGUGUUGCGCCGAUGCGACUGCCGUGGGCGCGCCGCCGCUCGCGGGACCAGCCCACCCUCCGUGUGGAGGGAGGGCUGAUCUCAAAGUGUUUUUUUAGAUUUACUCAUGCGC